AUGAACGUCAUUCUCCUUGUUAGCUUCAUCGCAAAUCGCGCUCUAGUUGACUCAGCAUUAAAUUUGGUGAAUUCGUCCGUCCAAGCUGAUCCUCAUCCAAUGCAGGAGGUGGGUGGCAUGGAAACGAACGCAUUGCUGGCAGUGAAGGAGCCAACAGAAAAGGUCGAAGAGGGCGAUGAAAGAAUGCGAUUGAGUGCAUUCCCUAUGGGAAUCGCGAGAAAUAUGCCGUCUCAAACGAUGCACGAUAUAGUAAACGAGGCUCUAUUGGUGGAAAUCAGUACGAUAGAUGCUGCGAGACAAAUUCAUGUUCAGCCCAGCACUUUGAAUGUGAUGGCAAGUACGUCAAAGAGUGAUACAAUACUUCAAGGUCAACUCAAAUAUGUGUUGCAUGGAACAUUACACAAUCUGAUCACGGAAAAGGCUGCCUCUAUAAUGGCUAAACCUGAAACGAACUCGUUUUAUGAAGUAAAUUCUGGCGCGACUGGUAGUAACAACGACUUGCCUGAAAUAGUAGAGAUUGUUGAUUUAUGCGUGAACACUGGUUUUCAAAAUGAACUGGUGCAUAUUUUCACGCGUGGGAUGAACAGCAAUAUUGAUCUGAUCAGAAAGAUAGGAAAUCAACUUCGCGAUCGUUUCAUGGUCAAGAUGUGGCAGCUAAAGGUCUCGGUAGCUUCUGUCGAGCAAUAUCUCAAGGGGAAACACGGAAUACUAGAGCAAGAAAAUAUCAAAUUGCUUGUUGAUUACUUUGGCCUCUUUAAAAGUUUUGGUCCUCAACUAGACCAAACCGCAUCAUGGCUACCUCUUUACGUGAUGGAGGCGAAAGUAUUUGCUUCUAUACGGACCGUGAUUGCUCUCGACAAACCCAAAUUGAAUAGGAUUGUUCCUCUCGAGCGUUGGAAACAAUUCCUGCCUCAAAGAGAUUUAAAGCUCUCGAAUGCUGGUUGUAUACGAAAAUAUGUGCUGGGAAAGGGUCCAUUUCGUUUCGAGCACCUCGAAGAUAAGCUGCCAGCAUACAUAUAUUAUUGUGAUCUCACUGCUGAAAAAAGAAGUGACGGAACGAUGGACACGUAUGGAUUAAAACAGCUUUUAGAUUCGGGAUAUUUUGGAAAGGUCUCGCUAGUGGAUUAUGUAAUUCCGUACUUGCUAAUUCCUCACUCUCCCAUCGCGCAGCGACUCAUCAUCGGCCAAUUGGAUAUAUAUUGGACUAAUAAGGAGCAUCCAGCUGUUGUUGAAGCAUUCAUGACUCCUUUAGCUGACAAGAUGGAUUCCUUCUCAAUUUUAGCAUUGCAAUGUUAUCUGUAUCAGUAUAAGCGGAUUACCCACAGUAUUUUUAGAAGAUUUUCAACUGAUGUCGGCUCGCCUAUAGCUUUUCAAAUUACCGGAUAG